AUGUCGAUGCUGGGCAGCAUCACGCAGCUUACCGGUGCCAACGUCGAAGCGCAAAGGUGGCUGUGGAGAGCACUGGACAUUCUCGAAUCGGAUGCAGAAGAAGCGCUAGAGCUGGCCAGGAAAGCAACAACUGCCUUCGAUGCGGCUGGGGAGUCUGACAAUGCCGCAGACGCAUCUCGCUUGGUGGUCAGUGCCACCUUCAGCAGCGGUGAUAUCGAGGGCGCCAUCGGCCUCGCCAGCGAACAGCUGGAGGCAUCGCAGCAGGGAGACGCGCUCAUGCAGGCCUACGCUCACUUGAUGUGGGCCGAGCUGAUGCUGGCACUUGGCAAGUCAAGCGAGCUGAAGGAGCACGCGUCGACCGCGAGCCAGACCUUCGAAGAGCUUGGAAGGAGCAGCUGUCUGGCAAAAUGUGAAGCGGCUCUUACACAAGCCUGCAUCCAGGAGGGUGAUGGUCUUGAAGGUGAGCGGCUUGCUCAGCAGGCGCUAGCACGCUGGAAGGACUUGGGAGACAAGAGGGGUGUGGCAGUU